AUGGCCAACUCGCGCCCGCGUCGUGGCUCCAGAAACCCAGCGAAGGAGGAGGGCCCGGAGGAAAAGGAGGAGAGAGAGGAGGAGGUGGAGGAGGAGGUGGAGGAAGAGGAAGAAGAGGAGGAGGAAGAAGAGGAGUUGUCGAUGGAGGAAGAGGAGGAAGAGGAAGAGACGGAGAAGGAGGAAGCCGAGGAGAAGACAGGGGACGCCAAGACUCAGGAGGUCCAAGGGACGUUCAGCGAAGACUACUUCUGGAAGAUUUUGGACAUCGGUGACAGCAAUGAUGAAAACACAAGGGCAUUUCUUCCCCGAUUAACCAGCGUCGCCAGCCCCAGCCUGAGCCCGACCUGGACGACCUUCAGCGGGACGUCGAGCCUGUCGUGGAGCGAGACACCUAUCUUGAGCUCACACUUGAGCAUCUCCUCCCAGAAAAGUUUUCCUAAAAUAUUUCAGACAUUUAGGAAAGAUAUACCUGAAAUAAAUUUAGAUAGGACCAUGUAUCACAGUUUGUAUCCAGGAAUUCCAAUGUCAGUACAAACGGAAGAAAGCUGGCUUCAAGAAUUAUCUGGCAAAAGUAGGAAGCCAAGGAAGAAAACAUCCUCUGGAAUUAAGGAAACCAAACAUGAAAAUUUGGCUUCUAAGUUAAGAGAAAAAUGGGUAAUUGAUCCACAACAGCAAAAACUGAAUGUUUUAUGUGAGCUGGAGUUUAAAGAAGACUUCAUGACACUGUUUGAGCCAGCUCUGAAAACAUUGCCUAGCGUUGGGCCACCAUCCAUUCUGACAUUCAAACGAGAGAGUUCCAAUGUAGGCCUUAACUUCAAGGAAGAAGAGGAGGAGAUAUCGCCCACAUGUGAAUUUUGUGGAAGCGAUCUAAGAUCAUUUCUUUCCAUUAUGGAUGUUUACUGUGAUGAUGAUAGCUCUGAACCAAUAGGAGAUGUCUCCUGUUGUAGUUACUGUCAAAAUCUGAUUGACUACAUUUAUCAGGAAAAACAAAAAGCCCAAACCCCUAAAGCUGAAUUAAUCUGUAUUGAUCCUCAUGCAGCCCAUGGCAGUGACGUAGAUAGACUCAAGGCAAAGGAGAAAGCCUUGAGGAGAAAACAGGAGCUACAAAUGUCCAGACAAUUUGCACUAAUAACAAAUGAACAGCCUAACAUACCUGAAGAUGAGCCAAAGCACUUAAGAACAAUAUCUUAUCAACUUUCCGUGGAUAUUCCAAAAAAGGAGAUAUUUGAUGACAGACUACUUGAUUUCCAACUAGAAAAGAGAAACAUAUCCAUUGUUUGUUGUGAUGCUAGAAUAGCAUGUGGAAAGAUCAUGAAGAAUGAGCUCUUAGAGAAGCACUACAAACAUGGAAGCAAGUUUCUGACUUCGUUUCCAGAUGGAACAACACAAAUAUUCUACCCAUCUGGAAAUCUAGCCAUCAUCCGAAUCCCCAACAAAAUACGUGGCUUCACUUGCAUAGUCCAAGAAGAUAUGCCCACUGACCCUGCAAUCCUAGCAUUGCUAGACUCUUCUGGUAGAAGUUCCUGCUAUCAUCCCAAUGGAAAUGUCUGCGUAUACAUCAAUAUCUUGGGAGGUCAAUAUUCAGAUCAAGCUGGCAACAGAAUAAGGGCUUGGAAUUGGUCCAGUUCUGUGGCUUCCUCACCCUUUGUUUCAUUUAAACCUGUCUUUCUGGCUUUGAAUCAUUACAUUGGAGUUCGCAUCCUAGAACAAGACAAGAUUUCAAUCACUUUUCUAGCAAUGGGCCAACAGGCAAGAAUCGGUGUUGGGACCAAAGUGAAGCUACCUCACCCCGAGGAGAUUCCCGUUCUCCGAUACCUGAAUGAGGAUGACCUUCUUCUGCUGGCCAAUUUAAUAAAGAUUCGACGCCUGUUUCACAAACUUGAAGGAUGUGCGAAUUUUCCCUCCAGCCAGGUUUGGGAAAAACUAAAGCAACCUUCGUACCUUUCUUCACUAACUCUAAGACUAAUUGCCCUUUGUCACAAUUCCGGUGUAAAACAAGAUACAGUAAGAACAAUAGCAGGUAUAAUAAAUGAAAACAUUUAACUAA